AGGGAGAGAGUGAGAGAGAGUGAGUGAGUGAGUGAGUGAGCGAGUGAGUGAGUGAGAGAGAGAGAGAGACAGAGAUCCUAUCUCUCUCCCAGUUGAGAUCUUCAGCGGAUCGUGUUCAGCGUCUGGAAACAGCAGGACAAUGUCAAGUAAGGCGACUUUAGCAUUACUCAUCUAUGGGAUCAUUAUGCAUUACAGCGUCAACUGCUCACCUGUGGGGCUCAGCUUCCCCAGUGCAAGACUUGACAGUGAGAUAUAUGAUGAGGAUGGCAACUCCUUAUCCUCCCUGGAUUAUGACAGAGACCAGCUGGAUGUGAGGAGCGCUCCGUCUGUAGCGGACGACGUCUACACGUUGUACUAUCCUCCGGAGAAAAGAACGGAAAGGCAUGCAGACGGCAUGUUUAAUAAAGCCUACAGGAAAGCGCUGGGUCAGUUAUCAGCAAGGAAAUACCUUCAUUCUCUGAUGGCAAAACGUGUAGGUGGGGGGAAGGCGCUGGACGACAGCUCAGAGACCCUGUCCAAGCGCCACUCAGACGGGAUCUUCACAGACAGCUACAGCCGCUACCGAAAGCAAAUGGCGGUCAAGAAAUACCUGGCAGCAGUCCUUGGGAAAAGCCUUGAAGACAUAGGUUUUGACCAUAUCCUACAAGACAUAGACUUUGAUGCCCUUCCGGACGGGGAUGAGUUUGAGGCUUUUUUGGGAGACUUGCUGAAGCAGUUCUCUCCUGAAUUUCUGGUGAGUUUCAGGCUCCUUCCCGAGGCCGUGUCCUUGCGGGGGCGUCUCCUGCCCCCUCCCUUUAUUUCCCACCUUUUAACUCUUGUGAUCUUGCUUCAAACACUCAGACUCAACUCUUCUUCCACCUCAUUCGUGCUCCUGUCUUUCCAGAGUCUCACAGUUUUUUUUUUUCUUCUUCUUCUUCUUCUUGAAACCACCUGUAUUGUUAAGACCAUACAGGCUGAAUGUGGAGGCUCUUUAACAAGGAUAACUUUCAACAUAUCAGUGUCGAUUGAUACAAAAAAACAAAAAAGAAUCUAGUCAAUCUUGGGUAGAUCAGAUCAGAGCCCUUAU